UAUUGUAACGGAGAAUUGUUUAUUUUACCUUAUUAACCACUGGUAUUACUCAAUGUCUUCUCAUAAUUAUAUUGAAAAUAUGGCAGCACAUUAGGAAUACAAUAUGUGUGUAGAAUUGUAUGAAGUAUCAAUCAGCUGUUUAAGCCCGUUGUUAUAUGUGCAUAAUAUAUAAAAAAAAAAUAGUACAGAAAUAAUAAAAUAAUUGUAACAUAAAAAAUAUGAGUCUACAAACAGAAUCAGGAAGUGCAUUUAAUCCUAAAAAUCCACAUAAUCUGGGGGAUCCCAAUGACAAAUCCCUAAGGAAAGUGGAAGUGGAAGUUCUUAUACCAAAAAUUAUGCGUGACCGUGCGAAGGAAAUUCACUGCAAUAAAGAAGUCCAAGAAUUUGAGAAAUGUUGUAAGGCAAAUAGUAUAAUGAUGGUUGUCACAUGUCGAAAUGAAAACUCCGCCUUGAAAUCAUGUCUUGCCAAGUGGUAUAAAAAUGAAGAGUUUAAAGAAGAAUGCAAGCAAAUUUAUCUAGAAGAACGUUCAGAAUACAGGCGUACCGGUAUUCCAAAAAAACAUCGAGUGCAAAAGAUAUAAUUUUGUAUAAGCUACGCUAUUUAGCUAAUUCUUGCGUUUGUACAAAAGUUGUACUGUUAAAUCGUCGCACUAUUAUUUCUGAUAUUUUAAGUGUACUAAUUUCUGAAAUAGCAUUAAAUGUUAAAGUUUUUGGUUUUGAUACUUCCAAUAUCAAAACAUCUUUAUC